AUGUUUCUCCAGGCUGCUCGUCUUAGUUAUGUGAUCCUAAACUACGACAAACUCGGCUUUGACGCAGCUGACUUCCGUGCCAACUCCAGAAGCGGACGUUGUCAGGUGAGCGUUUUUUACAUUCGCAAUCGUCGUAGUCAGUCAUUCUGUGCCAGUUCACAUUCCACGCAGACUUUGAUGACUCAUACUCAGCCAGCUGAAGCAUGA